AGCCGCAGAGACCACGGCACCGGCGUGGGGAGCCUCCCGCGCCCGGCGCGUCGCGCCCACCGCAGCCCCGGCACCCCCCGUCCCCGCGAAGGGGUCGGGGGCAGGGUGUUCCCCGGGUCGGAGCCCCCCCCGGGGGCGGGGGAGCCGCGGCCCCGCUGCCCGGCCAAAGGUGGAGGGCGGUUCCGCCCCCGGCUUUGGGAAAACGAAACUGCGCGGAGCCGUUUCUCAGGAAUUCGCGGCCGUGACGUCACCCGAGGGCCGUGUCGCCAGCACCGGGCACCGGCGCAGCUCAGAGCGCUCGGCGGCGGCGGCCGGAGAGGACCAGGCUCGGAGCGCACCCCGCACACCUCCCGCUCCAGCGCUGCCCGCCCAGGACAGCCCACCAUGGAUUUUCUCGGCAUUGUCAUGGGGGCGACCGCAGGGCUCGGAUUGGCAGCCGUCGGUGUCCCGAUGGCCGUCGGUGCGCUGGGGUUUACAGCAGCCGGCAUCACCGCUGGGUCGGUGGCUGCCAAGAUGAUGUCGGCAGCUGCCAUAGCCAACGGCGGAGGAGUGGCUGCUGGCAGCACCGUGGCCGUGCUGCAGUCCAUCGGGGCAGCAGGAGUCCCCACAGCUGUGAAGGCUACCCUGACGGCCAUCGGGGCUGCCACCGGGGCUGCUCGGUUCUGACGAGCUGUGACCGCACCAGGCCCCUCGCUGAUGUCUGCUGUGACCGCGCAACACCAGACCACUGCUGGGACACCCCCCCUGGACCCCCACUGGGACCCCCUGCAUCUCUCCCAUGCUGUUGCAGAGGCUUACAAGAAAAUUAAAUCAGGGAGGUGAUAAACUCAAAAUAAACUUUAUUCUAAGCAAAGAA